CUGGCAAUGUGAGAUCAAGGGCUGCUUUUGGAUUUCACGUACAAAGUGCCUGUUUAUCAUUCCAUUUGAGGCAGCAUUCCUCCUGCAGUCAAGGCACAGGACCUGCUUGAAUUUUGUUUCUGUCCAGUGGCAUUUGAAGUGGGGAGAGCAUUUGCAAAAGCUCUUUUCAAAAGGAAAAAAGACUGAAGCAUGCACAGGUCACAGUUGAGAAUCGAAGACAAGGAGCUUGACUUUGAGUUUGAAAUCAUCAAUGUGCAGUUUAAUGAGGUGGGACAAUACAUCUUGAGACUAACAGUGGAAAACCCGCUUCUGGAAGGUUCUGGGACAGGGGUGCGGUUACAGGUGAAUGAUGGUGAUAUGUUAACCACCAACACAGGAGCCACCGAUGUCAUUGCACAGACCAAUGUUAAUGAAAUCCAGGCUGUCCUCAAAAAAAAAUUCAUUUUCAGGCUUCCAAAAGGUUUCUGUCAAAAUGAUAAGAACCAUGAUGUGCGAUUACGCAUUGAAGCCUUUCGAGUAACUGGCACAUCCCUGAGGAGUGGAACAAAGGAAGGGGAGGCCUUUUUUGCCAUCUAUCCGCGCACUAACGCCCCCAGAAUAAAUGUUUUUGCGAAGGAAAACGAGGACUUUUACUGUUACAGCAUCAUUGUGGCCCUGUUGCGUGUCCAGGAUGAUGAGCUCACGAUGCAUUGUGGGAGGAUGGCGUGCAACGUGUCCUUUCACACGGUGAGAUGCCCGAAGGACACGGUGUCCCAGACUGACUCCUUGAUGAUAGUGCCGCGUGAGGAGGGAGGGCCGUCUGACCUCAUCAGCCCAGGCUCACCCCCGCCAGCGCUGCACGUGCCUUUAACUGCGUCACCACAGCAACAGGUGCCCACUCCAACAUCGCCUUCAUCCAUCCCUCAGGAUGAAACUGUAGAAGAAACCAAUGCGAGGCCUCCUGAAGAAAGUCCGUUUCCUAGUCUAGCAGAAGUGUAUACCAGACAUCAACGGUUGCCAAGUGAUUCCAGCUUCCAUCUUUCAUCACCUGCGGGUACGCCUGUGAGGAUGCCUGAAGGACCUCCUUACACACACGUCAUAGAAACACCACCUGGAAUGACUGAAGCAACGCUGUCUUCCCCAGCCAAUGAGGAGCAUGUUUCAAGGCCUGGCAAGGAAUCUAUUAGCAUAAUCCUGCAUGGAGCGACAGAUAUACCAGCCCUCAGUGAUGGCUCGGUGCCUCAACCCUUCGCAACAGUCAAGAGUGGAUCAGAUGGUGAGAAUCACCAGAGAGCUCAGGGUGUUACCCAUGCCACCGCUGAACCCACCCAUUCGCCGUCCUGGGAGGAGAAACUGACAGUGGAAAUAGAUGAUAGAAGUGCCGAGGAUGAAGUGGUGAUCCUGGAUGUAGCAGACAGCAGAACCAAGGAGAUGUUGAUUAGUUACCGCAUUCCUGUUGUAUACUUGCAGGUGUUCCGUCAUUACCACAUCGAGCUGGUGCAGCCCCAUCCCAGUGCCCCAUUGGGCAUUCGACUAUACAUUACCAUCGUUCGAAAAGCCAGCACCAUCCCUCGUCAAGAAGGCUUUACUUUCACUGGUUUGGAGGUUCUGCUUCGAGGUAUGGAGAAUCCAUUGAAGGACCCUGUAGGCCCCCUCCUUGUAGUGGCCAGAAUAGUGCCUGAUCAUGAAUCCUACAAAAAUGCAAUAUUGGUGAAGAAUCCCUGGCUGGCUGGAAUUAAUGCCACUGCAGUAAAGUGUCCAAGUCCGCAUCAGUCCUUUUUUGAUGUUCCUCAGCACGCCAGUCAAGGUCACCCCCAGAUAUCCCUUGUGGGUAAUCCUCAGGAGCAGCCAGUCUGGGAUUAUUCCUUUCUGUUCCAAGGCCGGGAAUGUGCUACUGUCUUUACUGCAGGAUCUGCACUCGUGCUGGAGUACUAUUCCCUCACCAGCGUGAUGAACACCAUCAGCUGGUACAUCCGCAGCCCACUCGGGUUCUCGGUGGUGCCCCUGGACCAGGGUGUCUACCACACACUGAUGGCAGAAAGUGGAGGCCGUGGAUUGCGGGUAGACGGCUUACCUGUGCAGGGCAACAACUUGAGAACAAUAUCCAACACCACUCCCACUGUUGGCCUCAUUCUCCGUCUCAUUGCCUCUGAGAGGCUGGAUUCAACUCUUGCUGCCAUGGAUCCCUGCCAGUUGCCUAGCCUGGAUUUAAAAUCGUUGGCCAGCCCCCAACAACAAGCCACAAAUGCGGCAUUUCCUGCGGUCAACCUGGAAAUAUCUUCCGGACCACACCCACCAAAUAAGGAAGAGUGGAGCCUGUUACCAACCCGGGAUGGAACUGCGGUAUUUACAGCAACUCAUUGUGAACAGCUUCAGCAGGACAGAGUUAACCUUCCAUCCUAUGAUGCACUGGCUCAAAUUCUUCCGGAGUAUAACUACCUUUUCCGCAGUCCUCACCUGAUGGAGAAACAAGAGAAGGAACAGCAGCAGCUGGUCCGACUUCCCAAUCCUCUCCAGGCCCAACAGACUGCAGUCCCCUCGAAGAAAAGGGAACCUCCAACUGAUGACCAUGCUGAAAGCCAGGAAAUUCGACGUCAUGAAACAGAGGAGCUGGAUAAUUACCGGACUGCAAUGCAGAAGAUGGCUGAAGACAUCAUUAACCUGAGGAAAGAUGUCGCGAGAUUGGAGGUCGAAAACAGCAAGCUGCGGAGCGAGCUGAGCUCCCAUCAAGACCUCGGCCGCAUUCUUCUGGACGACACCGACAUCGAUGUGAUGACAAAAGCAGAAGUAGCUGACAGAAUAGUUUUAUUAAGGCAGAAAUUGGCCACAGAGACUGCGGAGCUUCUGAAUUGCAAAGACAAAGUGCAGCAGCUUCAGAAUGAAUUGAUACGGAAAAACGACCGUGAAGCUGAACUUUUGAGGUCACAGAAAGCCCAUCAGCAGCAGUUAGCCGCGCUACACAAAUACCAUGAAAAAAUGCACAAAUCAAAGAUUCUGGAAGACACUAUACGGCAGCAGGAAAAGGUUAUCGAAAGAAUGGAGGCUCUUUUGGACAAAAAGUUGAAAGAAAGACCAAAAGCAAAGCCUGAAGCAUCUAAAAAGCAUGCAGUGAACACUGAAGACAACAUAAAGAAAGAGGUGGAGUCAGUUCUGUUGGCAGAGAAUGCCCGAUUGAGGGAAGAGAUUGAAAGGUUACGCCUACAGCCUGUACCCAUCAUUGUUCAGCAUCCCAUGCACUCACUGAAGGAGUCCCUUACCGAUUCAGAGAAACUAAGUCUUUUAGCAAAAUUGGAGAAGACACAGAGACGCGUACAGACGCUGGAAACGCUGUUGGAGGAGAAUUCACGGAAAUGGGGGCGGGAGAAACAGGAGAUGUUGACAAGGCUGUCUGAACAUGAACAUGGUUUUACCAGAACCUCUACCAUGGUGUUGCAUGAUUUUCCCCUGGCUUUAAAAUUAACGUGAUGGACCUCUCCGGAAUCAGGAUAAGGUCAAAGGUUGUUCUCACAUCAACCAAAUGACUUGUUUCAAUUUUGAAGUUCUGCAGCAUCUAUCAAGAAAACAGGGUAAUAGGCAUUAAUCAGCAAUUAUAGUAUAUCGACAUCACAAAAAAGAAUUCAUAUAAAAAUCAGCAUGUUAAAUAAACAGCAAAUGUAAAUUCAAUUUUCCCAUCCAAUUUCACAUUGAUUCUAGGGUUAAUACAUAGGAUCUUUUUAAAAAUCCCUCCCUCAUUUCUCAGUCAUUGACAGUCUCUGAAAGUGAAUUUGAUAGAGUGCUGCUAGAGAGAGGUUUAUAAAUCCCUUAUUUUGAUGAAGUAUUUAUGAAAGUCUUGCACAAACGUUGCUGAACUUUGAUAUAGUAUUUAAGCUGUUUUAAAAUGUUGGUACUAACUUGAUUUUAAAAAGGAGUUGAGAAACCUAAAAUGGAAAGUUGUUAUUGUGAGUUCAGUAACUUCUGGCAAAAAACAAAUGAGUGACUUACGUGAAUUAGAAACAGCAGCAUUUCUGUCUCUGCGAUCCUACGCCCAAUGCACUGCCGGGGUCCAAAUCCAAAGCCAAGGUUUCUGAAGUAGUUGCUUUCCUGGUUCAGCCACCUUUUUGGGUUGUACCUUUGUGGCUUGUGAAAUAUCUCUGAGUUUCUUCCCAUUGCAUACAAUCCCACCUGCACUAAGGUCUAUGAUUGGAAUAAACCAGAGACUAUAUUACUGCUUCUAUACCAAUGUUAUUGAACACUAAAGCACAAGGAGCUACUUGGGAACUGCUACUUAUGUUGAAAAGCAUUGAGUAAUCCAUUCUAUCAUUGGGUUUGUGAUCUCACAUAGUGAUAUUCUCAUGUGGAAAUGUAUGCAUACUGUAAAAUUAUUGUACUGUUUCGUGUAAAAUGCAAAGCAGAGUUUGCAAAUGUUGUUUGAUUGUUAGCAGUCUUUUAAUACAUCUGGUGCUGAUAGAAGAUAGAACUUAUUCAGGAAAUGUACACAUGAAAAUAAUUAGAAAUAUUCUGUAGGUUUAUGUCAGAUAUUUAUUCAAAUUUGUGCAUUUGCCUAAAACAGUGCAUUUGUUGUGGCUGGCCAGCAAACUUCAACGGAGUGAGAAACCAAGCGCUCAAGUUGCUGGCCGACUCUCCAGGUCAAAACUCUUGACCACACAAAACAGUUGCUGAUAAUUGGUGAAAAGAUUUUGCAAUAUAACAUUCCUAACAAAUUGUGUAGAAAUACUUAACUUUGCCAGGUGUGUGUAUUUAACUAUAAUAUCAUGACACAACUGUUUAAUCGUUAGUCAUUAAAAUUUAACAAUUCAGGAGUUUGUUUUGGCUUGAAGAGGCAAAUAUCAGAUACUAGACUGAGAGAUAGUGCUGCUCCUAUGAUGCUGCUUGGCCUGCUGUGUUCAUCCAGCUCUACACCUUGUUAUCUCUGAGAGAUAGUAAGAACUGCUGAUGCUGGAGACAGAGAUAACACAGUGUGGAGCUAGAGGAACACAGCAGGCCAGGCAGCAUCAGAGGAGCAGGAAAGCUGAUGUUUCGGGCCGAAACUGGACUGAACUCGCUGCAAUUCUAGAACUCCAGGCAGCUAUCAUGAUUAACAAACAAUAUCACAAAUGUUUUACAAUUGCUGGUGUAUUACUGGAACAGUCAACACAAUACACAAUAAAUGGCUGCAUGAAGCAGAGUUCUACAGUUACAGAUGUUACAUAAUGAAGUCAUUCCAACUUUUCCUUCCCAGUAUAUUUGUGUCCAUAAUAUAUGUAUUUUAAAUGUGUAUAUAUAUAUAUAUAUAUAUAUAUAUAUAUACACGAAUGAUUGGCAGUGGUCCAAAACUCAGACAGAAAUUAUGCUGCAUUUGUGCAUUUGAAUUUUACAUUCUGAAAGAACAAGCCUGAUCUCUACUUCCAUAUAAAGUAAAAUAAUCUGAUCCAAUGAAGCACUGGGAGGUGAAAACUCAGCCAGGAUUUUGGUUUUGCUUUCUGUUUUAAAAAAAAAGAGUGUAGUUGAUUAUCUGAUGAGGACGUGAGAGGCUUCAGCUGUGAUGUUCUGCCAUAAAAUAAAUACAUGCAUUUAUAUGGUACCUUAUAUGACCUCAGGGUGUCCUUGGAUGCUUUAUAAUCAAUUAAAUACUUGUUACGCAAAUACUUGUUACGUGUCACUGUUGUAAUGCAGAAACCAGCCCAGCUAAUUUGCACAUAGGGAGUGUCACAAACAACAGGCUAAUAAUGAUCAGAAAAUCUGUUCUUUUUUGAGAGAAAUUUUUAACCAGGUUCCUCAGGGAGAAGGCCUCGGGAUUUUGUGCAUUGACCGGGUCCUCCAUUUAACAACUCUGAAAGACAGAGGUAUAACAGUAAAGCGUACCAUCAAUAAUUCACUGCGGCAUCAAUCUUCAUUUCUUACUCAAGUUUUGAAUAAUAAGGACCUGAAUUUGUGAUCUUCUGACUCAGGGAUCAAAAUGAAUCAAUGCUGACACAAUAAUUAGAAGCUCUAUCUGCAUCCACUAUCUGUUUACAAAUAAGUAUAGCAAUAUGAACAAUGUUGAAGUGCAAUUAUCAUUGCAUUGUGAAAGCUAAUAAAAUUGGAAAACUGUUUUGGAGUGUGAUAGAAACUGCAGUGGAUGAUGACACAUUGUUUCUGUGAACCAGUAUGGUAAGGAAAGUAUUUAAUUGCCUAUAUCUUACC